GUGGAAUGGUGAGUGUCAUAGUUGUCGGAGGCGCCGCAGAGAGUAUGUUUUCAUCAGAAUCUCAAGUUUCCCUGGUAUUGAAUAAAAGAAAAGGAUUUAUAAAGAUUGCUUUACAGCAUGGAGCACAGCUUGUUCCAACCUUUUCUUUCGGUGAGGCUCAUGUGUAUAAUAUUAUGAACACUCAGGAAGGAACUUGGAUUCGGAAUCUUCAAGAGAAAUUCAGAAAUAUUGUUGGGUUUGCUCCAGUCCUGUUCUUAGGACGAGGAAUGUUCCAAUACAAUUUUGGACUUAUUCCACACAGAAAACCGGUUAAUGUUGUCGUUGGCGAACCUAUACCAGUAGAGAAAACCUCCAAUCCUACAGUUGAAGAAAUCGAGGAUUUACACAAGCAGUACGUUACAGCUCUUGUACAACUGUACGACAAGUAUAAUCCUGUGUACGGAGACACAAAUAUAUCUCUAAAUAUUGUGUGAGAUAUAUUACGAUAUUUCUCUUGAUAUUUUGUGAUCUAUUGCUGCAAAUAUUAAUUGCUUUUAUUCCUUUUUUCUAUUAUUUACAAAUAUGUUUAUAAAAUCCAGAUUUGUAAUUUUUAUGUUUUAUUGAAUA